AAGUCAGGUUUCAGAUAAGUCGCAGGUUAUCAAAAAUCCUGUCUGGGACAUCGUCCACCCCGAUUAAUUUACAUUCAUUCCCAUGAAAAUCGAGACGACAAUGUGAUCAUCACCUACCUUCCUCCAAUCCAACGAACGAAAACAAACCUUAUCACCUCAAUGCAACCCCCAUUGUCAAUGAUCAUUCUGCAUAGAUUUGGCUGCUGCUGCUGGAAAAGAGGCAUUGACAUUAAAGCACGUGUAGCUUAUCAACGCAUUCCCUUCUGCCUCACCGUCAUGAUAACAUAAUAAAGUUAUGGUUGCACUUAGUAUGUCAUUCAUGGUGUCGGGUUGAAUUUGAGUCUGAGCUCGGGCUCGUACUGCAUUGCAUCCAAAUCACAAGUACCAUCCAAUCCAAUCUCAUCAUAUCGUUCAUCAUCACUAUUUGUUUGAUUUUAGUUCGGCUAGUUAGCGGACUUGGCCAUGUCGGUCUGCAUUGUUCAUUGGACUUGACUGCUGCGGAGAGAGUGAGAGUGGUCUGGUUGGUGAGGCAUGGACACAAAUUUAAUUACCUUACCAUUCUCAACGUUCGUGACCACUGACAAGCUAAAACCGCGUGCCUUGCACAUGACCAAUUUCUUCUCGUCGACAAGUUGUCGGCAAGGGGACGACCUGGGAUGGAAGCCCCGGUGGGUGUAAAUAACAGCAUUCCUCCGCCUCCCCCCGUGGAGUCGCCGCAGUCCCCAAACACGACGACGAUGACGACGACCAGUGCGGCAGUUUGUGUGUACUCUGACCCUUAUCAAGAUGACGAGGUUGACCCGGCCAGCUGCAUUUUGUACGCGUUGCUGACAUCCGGUUCUGGAGGAGAAGGAGGAGGAAGCGGAGAUAAAAACAAUAACAACUUUCUCCUCAAUAGACAACAGUCUAACGGGAAUAAUAACGGUGUGAGUUGGAAGGCCAAACCCAGCUGGGGGAUUUACGUGAAGGAUCAAGGGGACCAUUUACCCAAGUUUAAUUUGCCAAGAAAUGUGUUCUAUGUGGACGAUGGCCUCAAUCAUCUUGUCUCGUUGAGUCUGGCUGAUACGUGCAUCUCAAAGUUUGCAGUGGACGCGAUUGUCAACUCGACAACGUGGGAUUUCUGUCCCGACAAUGGAGUGUCCAAGGUCCUUAACGAGGAAGCCGGGCCAUCUCUGCGGAUGGCAUGUGCAUCUCUGACGCCUCUCGAUAUGGGGCAAGUCAUAAUCACGGAAGGAUUUAACCUCCCUGCAAAAUAUAUUAUCCACACCAACGGCCCUCACGGGAUGGAACCUGGGUGGGAAACAAAUUUGCAACUCUGUUACCAGAAAUCUCUCCAAUUGCUGAUUGACAAAGGACUACGCACGAUUGUCUUUCCUUGUAUAUCAACCGGAAGUAAAUCUGCAGACCCAUCCCUCGCUGCUAGAAUUAGUCUCAACACGGUUCGUCAUUUUCUGCAAGGGCAUCGAGAUAAGGUGGACCGAGUAAUCUUCUCUUUACACAACACCCAUCAAAUAGUGUUGUAUCGUCGCUUUAUGCAGUGGUUCUUCCCUGUCGACAUUGGCUAAAUUAUUUAUUUGCAUCCCUUCCACUAAAUUUUAUCUCAUUAUAAGUAUGCCACAAGUGGACAGUAAGAUUCUCUACGCUUCCAGUGAUUUUUAUAUCCAGAUUUAUAUUUAUCAAGAAGAGUGCGGUGUAGUUGGAAAGUGGAGAAAGUAGAAAGUUUUUGAGCCAAUAAUAUUAUAUAUGCUUGUCAUAUGUGCAAUUUUAUAAUUCUGACUUAUGCGACUGAUUUAGCAAUAAUUAAAGCAAAUCUUAAUUUAAGAUCGCGAACUUAUUUUAGGAAUUUUUAGAAAUUUUAGGAAUUUUCGUAUGAAUAAUUUAUAAUUUACGCUAAAUAUGCUAUGAAAGAGAUACAAAUAAUUUGCAAUUACAUGUAUUUCUUGCCGCUACAUAGAUAUGUACAUAAUUCUGACUGACUAACUGAUUGCGUAUUGCUUAAAAUAAAAUAAUAAAAAGUUUACUAAUUUAAAUACAGUGAU